CCGGUCCCGCGCACCCAGACAGCUGUUGGAAGGCGGCUGCGGUUCGAGCGAGAUGCCAGCCUACCGUAGACUACACGCACGGCAUACACUUCUAGUUCCACUGUCCCGAGUCCCGGUAGGAGUAAACCCCGCCCAUCCAAAGCGGGACCGCAAUGAUUUAGAAGUUCAGGAAUCCCACGUGACGUCACCUUAGGGGUGAUGUAAUGCUUCUGUAAAUAGAAUGUAUUGUAAUCCUGCCUCAGUCCAACGUGGUUCCUCUCAACUCAGUGCCGCUUGUACGCUCCACUUCUUAGAAAGUUAACUGGAACAGCCUUCUCAGAGGACUCUGCCGGGUUUGUAAUGGAGAUGAAUGAUGAACAGGACCGGCCCUAUGGAUGCAGCACUCCUGGCUGCUCACAGCGGUUCCAAACAGAAGACCACCUGAUGAUCCACAGACACAAGCAUGAGAUGACCCUCAAGUUCUCCUCCAUCAAGACUGAUCCCCUCGCAGACCAGACCCCAACGCCGACCCGUUUCCUGCGUAACUGUGAGGAGGUGGGUCUCUUCAAUGAGAUCGAACAGGAGUUCUGUCAGGCACAGGAGGACCAGAACAACAAGCAGACUCAGAAUCUCCCUCAGAAUGGAUCAUCAUGUGCCAAUCAGCCCCAGGCACAGCCCCACUCCCAACACCAACCACCGUCCCAUUGUGGUAUGAGGGGUCUAAGCUGCAGCAUGGCUGGCCAACAAGCACUGCCCUCUGCCCAGUCCAACUCAGUCAUCACCCAGGCCCCCUCCAUGCUCACACACUCAGGACCAGUCCCUGGGCCCCUCUCCUCCCUACUGCACCUGAGGAACAACAGACAGAGACAGCCCCUGGCUGCCUCCAUGGCUGGCACCCUGCCAGACCCAGACAUGCAGGGAGCAUCUGCCCAGCACAUGUCUAUGGAAAGACAGAUGUCUAUGGGAUCCAGUAUGAUGAGCAUCCAAGGUCCACUCCACAACACUUCCUGCUCUUCACCUCAGAGGGCUAAAACUAUGGGUCACCCCCACCAACACCAUCAUCAACACCAACACCCUGGAGCUGUCGCCAACAGCAACAUGGAUCCCACCAUAGGUCACAUGAUGGAGAUGAUGUCAUCGCGGCAACGACACACUCACCUGCAGCAGCAGCCUCAUCAGCACCUGCAGCAGGCUCCGCCCAUCUCCUACCAGCAGCACUGCCAUGCCUCGCCACAUCACCUGGAAAGCGCCCACAGCCAGGGGCACCAAUCAGGGAAUGUGCUGCAUCAUCAGGUCCACCAAUCACCCCCCUCGCACCUGCAGGCCAGCCACACCCACCAAACCUCCCCUCACCUGCCCCUCCACUCCAUAGCUGUUCAGUCGUCCCAGCAGACACAUUCCCUGCAUGCAGGCCAGGCGACUGGAGGACGUCGCAGGAGGUCUGUGGACCAGGACCCAGAUGAGCGCAGGCAGAAGUUCCUGGAACGCAACCGAGCUGCGGCCACGCGAUGCAGACAGAAGAGGAAGGUCUGGGUGUCUGCUCUGGAGAAGAAGGCAGAGGAGCUGACGCACAACAACAUGCAGCUGCAGAACGAGGUGACCACUCUGAGGUCAGAGGUUGGUCAGUUGAAGCAGAUCCUGCUGACCCAUAAAGACUGUCCAGUUUCUGCCCUCCAGAGAGACUCACAGGGGUACCUCAGUCCAGGGAGUUCGACAGGAAGUCCGUCCCCUCUGUGUCCCGGGUUGCAGCGGCAGGCCAUCCAAUCCAACAGCAUCUCCACCUCCUCAGCCUCCUCAGAUUAAAAAUGAAAGCAUGGGUGGCUGAAUUCCAUUAGUUCACAAGAGUUGGAUCCAGGGUUGGCCAUGCACACACACAGGGUUUAAUCCCUGUUUCCAGGGGGUUGAAUCAGCUCACCCUUCCCUUUAUCAUUGGUGGGUGCAUCUCAGUAGUCUAAAAUGGCUCCCUCUCCUGGUCUCCUAGCCUCAAUGGACACAGGCCUGACAGAACUGGACUGACUGGCCUCCACAAGCCUUGAGUCUCUGCUAUGGUUGCACAUUUACAGUGACUUGCCCGAAAUUUCAGAAAUCCCGGUUGGACGAUUCCCGGAUUUCCUGCUUAUUGCCUCCUGAUUUCUGUAAAACCUGUGAAUUUUGGUGAAGUUACAGAAAUGUUGCAACCCUAGUCUAUGUCUCUCCAACACUGUGAUGAUAGUCACCUGUAAAUUGUGUCUUUGGGAAUCUCAGUCAAUCUAUGUGUUUCUGUUAGUGUGAAAUCAGACAUCCAAGUUCUCCUCUAUCUAUUCUAGGACUGUUCCAACGUGGGCUGUGUGUGCAAACAUACCUGUUAUUAUGUCCUUUAGCUUAAAGUAGUGACUGCAUACAGUUUUGUUAACGGUCCCACAUGGGAGUCAACCCCACAACCCUGGCAUUGCAAGCACCAUGCUGUACCAGCUGAGCCACACGGGACGUCAUCCUGUCACCUUUUUCUCAGAAUGUGACAUAGUUAGGUCUUGGUUAGGUUUUGGUUAGGUCUUGGUUAAAUCUUGUAACUUACGCCAACACUAGGACCAGACCAUGAAAGACUCUCUGGCUUAAAACUGGCCUGUAACUAGGGCCCAGAGUUGUGUGUAUGCUACAGUAUAUGUGUGUGGUUGCAUAUGCAACCCAGGUCUCUCUGGAAUGCAGAACGUGAAUGAAAACUAAUACAAAUAUACAUUUUAUACAAAUCUAUAUCAAGACCUGUGAAUAGAAUGUCCUUGUUUUGUAACGAUGUAAUGCAGAGCCUCCUUGUAACGAUGUAAUGCAGAGCCUCCUUGUAACGAUGUAAUGCAGAGCCUCCUUGUAACGAUGUAAUGCAGAGCCUCCUUGUAACGAUGUAAUGCAGAGCCUCCUUGUAAAGAUGUAAUGCAGAGCCUCCUUGUAAAGAUGUAAUGCAGAGCCUCCUUGUAAAGAUGUAAUGCAGAGCCUCCUUGUAAAGAUGUAAUGCAGAGCCUCCUUGUAAAGAUGUAAUGCAGAGCCUCCUUGUAAAGAUGUAAUGCAGAGUAUAAUGUUUGGUACCUGAUUGUUUGGUACCCAGAGUUUUCCUUGACCAUGUCACCUGACCAGGAUAACCCCUGACCCUUUGUGUAACUCCUGAAAAGCACUUACUAGUUUCCUACAGGGUAUUUAUCAUGUAAACUAGGCUCUUGCAGUGCAUUGCCCUAUAACCAGUAUCUAUGUAUCUUUCUGUAUUGUGAUUGUGUUUUGUUUAAUUUAAAAACAUUUUUUUUUUUACAGAUAUUGACAAUUGCUACAAAGUGAAAAUAAAAGCACUUAUUCUCUGGUAUCUUAUUGUGAUUUUACCGGUUGCCUCCUCCAUCAGUAGAUCUGAGGAGAAAUGUGUAUUUGAUCCAAUGGGCCUAUCAGACGAAUGGUCGAGCCUGCCUCCUAGUGAUCUGUUCUGGAACUGAAGACAGUUAGAGCCACCCCGAUUAAACAAUACUCGAUUUGAUAGUGUCAAAGGUCAGCGAUCACAGAUCUGGGUUGAUUUACCCCAUCCAUAGCUUAGUUUUAGCAGGUUGAGUGAAAGACAAUGGAAGUUAGAGUCAAUAGGGGGCAGGCCCAAUCCACUAUACUUUAACAAAAGAAACAUAUCAGCCUUAACCAAAUAGGAAUUAUAUAGAGUUUCUGUUUCAUAUAUCAGACAGUGUUUCCUGGUCUGUGUGUCUGUCUGUGUCUGUUGUUAUGGUAACACACUAUUGAAAGACUUGGGGUGUGAAACUGAUCUGGCCUGAGAGUCUACACAAAUAAAGAUCUAACUAUU